AUGUUCUGUAAAAUUAUAUGCAUUAGGCAAUAUCAUUUAUUUAUAAACAGUGCCUGCACUUCUGCUUCUCUGGAGCCUUCUUAUGUCUUGCGUGCAAUUGGAGCAGAUGAAGAUCUUGCACAUUCUUCUAUUAGAUUUGGUAUUGGUAGAUUUACCACAGAAGAAGAAAUAGAAUACACUGUGAAGAAAUGUGUUUAUCAUAUAAAACGACUGAGAGAAAUGAGUCCUCUCUGGGAAAUGGUUCAGGAAGGAGUUGAUUUAAAAACAAUUCAAUGGACCCAACACUAAUUGUAACAAAGAUCCAAUUGGAAAUGUUAAUUCUAAAUUAAAUAUUAACGUUGGAAGAUAGAUUUACAUUUAUAUUUAAAAUAAUCA